CAAGGAGCCGUAAAAUCGGUAUUAAAGCGGGGCGAGCGCUGCGAGUGCGAGUGUCUGGGAAAUGGACGGAGUCGGAGAGACACGAGGAGAUCGAGCUCCACUGUCCCCGUAGGUGGGCUUCUCGAAGAGGACUUUUAUUAUUAUUAUUAUUAUUAUUAUUAUUAUUAUUAUUAUUACAGCAGAGGAGCUAUAGACACCGACAGACUGAGGAGCACUUCGAGAAAUACUCCUUCAAACGGCUUUUUUUUUCCUUAGUUUUUCUCCUCUCAGAUCUGCCUUGUGUUAACAGUUUUGAACACCCGCCUUUCAGAGUUGCGUCUUUUUUUUUCCUCCUACAUCCACCUGCGUGCUCACUUAUAACAGAGGGAAAGGGGUGUUUUUAUGCAUUUUUCACGGUGAAUUAGAAUAGCCUGAUUCAACGGCGGACUGCAUGUACUGUAAUCCGUUGGGACUGUCAUGACUAUUUUACCUACGGAGAGAGUAUCGGAGACAGCCGACAGCUGUGUGAAGAGUAGUUAAAGGGUUUGGGUGAAACAUCAACCCAGCAGGGCGACCGGAAGACAGAGAGGUGGGUGCGUCGGCUUGCCUGGACGCAGCGCCAUGGCUUUGCCCGACAACCCCAGUGGCUGUCCCGGCGAGGAGCCGCCCUUCCCAGAGAUUGUGGAGCUGAAUGUGGGUGGCCAGGUGUACAUCACCCGCUACACGACACUCACCAGCGUGCCCGAUUCCCUCCUGGGUGAAAUGUUCAGCCGACGUAGUGCCAAAGGACUGGCGCGAGAUAACAAGGGCCGCUUCUUCGUUGACCGUGAUGGCUUCCUGUUCCGAUACAUCCUGGACUACAUGCGCGAUCAGCAGUUGGUGCUCCCAGACCACUUCCCAGAGCGGGGGCGUCUUCAGCGGGAGGCUGAGUUCUUCAACCUACCCGAGCUCGUCAAGCUGUUAGCGCCGCGGAUCAGCAAGCAGAACUCCCUCGGUGACGAAGGCUGCCAAAGCGACCCCGAGGAAUCGUCACCCAACACCGAGAGCGUGCGCAACUUAGCCACGUUGGGUGCGGCGGCCGCAGCUUGCGCUGCCUUGGUCCAGGGAGGCAGCGGGGAUGGCAAGCGCUCCGGUUUUAUCACCGUUGGCUACCGGGGCUCCUACACAUUGGGCCGCGACAGUCAAACCGAUGCCAAGUUCCGGCGGGUUGCCCGGAUCAUGGUGUGUGGGAAGACAUCACUAGCCAAGGAGGUCUUUGGAGACACCCUGAAUGAGAGCCGGGACCCCGACCGUCCCCCCGAGCGCUACACAUCCCGUUACUAUCUCAAAUUCACCUUCCUGGAACAGGCCUUCGACAAAUUGGCUGAUGCCGGCUUUCACAUGGUGGCUUGCAACUCCACGGGGACCUGCGCCUUUGCCCACGAACAGACGGAUGACAAGAUCUGGACCAGCUACACGGAAUAUGUGUUCUACCGAGGUAGGCUCACACACCCCACGCCUGCCGGUGAGCAGUGCUCUUCCACUGUGCUAGAUGACUUGCUGAUGCCAGAGCCAAGCACGGCCGCAACCUUCGCUCAGGCAGAGUGCAGCACGGCUUUGGACUUGCGACACGGAUCCUCUGCAGAAUCUCCUCCCCCGCCUCCUUUUCAUCCUCUGUCUCACAACUUCCAGUUGCUGCCCUCUUCUCCUCCUGCCUUCAACCCUGGCCCUUCAACAGACUCUGAAACACCCCAGUCACUCUCCUUCAACAAGCCCCCACCACUGGUCCUCAACCCACAGCCUCCACUGGUGUUCAACACACACUUUCUAUGUGCCCCAAGCACACCUCCUUUCCUAGCCCUUAACACCCCACCUCCAAAAGCCCCAGCCACACCUCCUUUGCUAGCCCUUGACACACCUCCUCCCCAAGCCCCAGCCACACCUCCUUUCCUAGCCCUUGACACCCCUCCUGCCCAAGCCCCAGCCACACCUCCUUUGCUAGCCCUUGACACACCUCCUCCCCAAGCCCCAGCCACACCUCCUUUCCUAGCCCUUGACACCCCUCCUGCCCAAGCCCCAGCCACACCUCCUUUCCUAGCCCUUGACACCCCUCCUCCCCAAGCCCCAGCCACACCUCCUUUCCUAGCCCUUGACACCCCUCCUGCCCAAGCCCCAGCCACACCUCCUUUCCUAGCCCUUGACACCCCUCCUGCCCAAGCCCCAGCCACACCUCCUUUCCUAGCCCUUGACACCCCUCCUCCCCAAGCCCCAGACACACCUCCUUUCCUUGCCCUUGACACCCCUCCUCCUCAAGCCCCUGGUUCACCUCCACUGUUAGGACUUCACAGCCCUCCUCCACAACCCCCAAGCACACCUCCUUUUCUAGCCCUUGACACACCUCCUCCACAGGACCCCAACACAUCUCUUCCACAGUCCCCCAGAUUACCUCCUCUGCUGACAGUUAACACUACCCCUCUGCAAAGUGUGGACAUACCUCUACAGCCAGUUCUCAACUCAAACCCUCCACAAGAAUCAAGUGCACCCCAAUCUGAAGAAGCUAACACUUCUUCCCCAACACUUCUCCCCACCCUUGACCCACUACCAGCCACGCUUCCUACAUCUCCACCUCCCCUGCCAACUGCCAGUCCCCCCAGGCCCAACACAUUGGCCCUACAAACCUUGCCUCGUUUGCCAAGCAAGGAGAAUGGUGCUCCUCCAAGUGCUGACCCCGUGGAGGAGGAGAAGAAAUUACUGGAAGAAGAGCUGAGGAAGUGCAUUGAGGAUUUCAAGAAGAUCCGUAUCCCAAAGCUCUUUCCCAACCGCAAGAGGCACUGGCAGAACGAUCUGCUCAAAAAGUACAAUGUUUAGAACUAACCCCCCUGUGGGCUUCCUUGUGAAGACCUCCUGCUUGAAGCUGCUGACACCUGAUCUCACCUACAGUCGUACAGUGAGUAGACUCAGUGCCUCCUUGCACACCACUGACAGCAUUCUACCCCCAGCCAAAAAGAUAUAGAUUUUAGCACCAAAAUGUCUUUCAUUAUAGAGGAAAAAAAAUCACAGUUUUCCUCGCCAGGUUGGAGACAUGCUUUCUUUUCCCAACAGAUAUCUUGUGAGGUUUUUGAAUAAGGUUGAUUUCUGUGACUCAUCUUUUCAACCACAGAGAGACUAAAUGUUUUCUUGAAAGCAGGCACCCUCUAUAAAUGGUAGAGUAAGAGAGUGCUAAGAGCUCGAUGGUAGCCAAGGAACUAGUGGGUAGAUUUGACACAACCUAUAUAGACAACUGGGGAAUUUUAGCUCAAAUGACAGUCUCAUCCUUGCUCUGAUGGGUUUGUAGG